ACCAAAAAAAAAAAAAGAAAGAAAGCAAAAAUCAUCUAAAUCGAGCAAACAUUAAACAAAACCAGGACCGGACCCAACACAAACUAGUCUCACAUCCUCUUAACCAAUCAGAGUAUCUCUUCAAAGGAGAAACAAAUAGAUUAAAAGAGGCAAGAUCGGCAUUGGGCCAGGACCCAUGACCAAAUAGUACGGCCCAGCCAAUAAUUCUAUGAAAAGCCUUGCGAACUCCGUACAGUGCGGCGCAAACGCAGAAAAGCAGAGCAAACGAAGAAAAAUCGCGAUCGGCUUACACCCGUCACAGAGUGGCCACUCAAUCGCUGUCGCGUUUCCAUCAGAUUCCCGGUAACGUUUUCCGCUUCCCUUAUUCUGUUUCCGCAGCUUCCCAAUUCCCGCCGGCGAAAUCCUAACCUUUACCGUAAUUCUUCACUCUUCCGAUUAAUCGAAUUAGGGUUUCGUGCAAAUUCCCCAUUUUCGUGUUCGGUUACUGGGAUUUUCAAGUAGGAGAAGUCUCAGGUCGCAAAGUCAUAUUUUUCCUUAAACACGUUUCAUGUAAUUGCGUCUGCGUUCUCUGGUCCAAUACCUUGAUCUAAUUGGCUUCAAUAUCUAGAAUUGUAUAUGCAAAUGAGUUUGGAGAAAAGAAGUGAAAAAUGAGGCCAAAAGCUGUGUGGGAGCCUGAAUACCACAGAGUGUUUCUUGAUUUAUGUGUUGAGCAAACGAUGUUAGGGAAUAAACCCGGGACACAUUUUUCGAAAGAAGGUUGGAGAAACAUAUUGAUAUCGUUUCAGGAGAAGACUGGCGCGAUGUACGAUAGAAUGCAGCUUAAAAACCAUUGGGAUACAAUGAGCAGGCAGUGGAAAAUUUGGCGUAGACUCGUUGAAAGUAGUUAUAUGAAUUGGGAUCCUGAGACCAACAGGUUUCGUGCGAGUGAUGGUGACUGGGCAAACUAUUUACAGGAGAAUCCUGAUGCUGGGCAGUAUCGAUUGAGUGUUCCUCAAGAUCUCAAGAAGCUAGAGAUUAUCUUUGCGGGUUGUAAUGUUGAGGUGAAAAAUGAUGAAGUUUCGGGUGUAAGGAAGAGGCGAAGAAGUUUUUACGAGGAAGAAGAUGAAGAUAACCAAAGCAUGUGUAGUUCAUCCAACCCUCAAACAAAAGGGUAUUGGUCUCCGUCUACACAUAAGCUGUUUCUUGAUCUGUUGGUUCAAGAGACUUUAAAAGGAAACAGACCUGACACACAUUUUAACAAGGAAGGGUGGAAGACGAUUCUUGGGACAAUUAAUGAAAAUACCGGCAUUGGUUAUACAAGAGCGCAGCUGAAAAACCACUGGGAUUGCACUAGGAAAGGUUGGAAGAUCUGGUGUCAACUCGUUGGAGCAAGUAGCAUGAAAUGGGAUCCCGAAUCUCGUAGUUUUGGUGCGACAGAAGAGGAAUGGCGAACCUAUAUUCGGGAAAACCCAAGAGCAGGACAAUUCCGCCACAAGGAAGUUCCUCAUGCUGAUCAACUAGCAAUCAUCUUUAACGGAGUUAUAGAACCUGGAGAGACAUACACUCCUCCUUCGCGUUCGCGCAAGGAGCUCAUCCACAAUCGUUCUGAAUCACCACAAUGGCGUGACACAACUCCAUUAUCAAAGCUGCACAUAGAUGAAGCAGAAACCUCUAGGCUAAAUGGUGGUUAUGCAGAGUCUCAAGAAGAUCGGAUAGACAGCGAAAACGCGCAACCAUUGGAUGAUAUGAAGUUAAUGAGUGAGGGUAUGUUGCAGGAAAGUCCAGUAUGCGUUGAGAUUGAAUCGGCAAAGCUGAUGUACAGCAUUGGAGAAUGCAUUCAAAGCCUCGACGCAAUGAAAGAGGUGGAAGAAGGUAGUGAGCUCUACUUGUUUGCGUUGGAUCUGUUUCUAAAGAGAGAGUAUAGAGAGAUCUUCUUAGAGCUGAAGAAGCCCAGUUUGAGAAUCACAUGGUUGCAGAGACUUCAAGCUGCUUCACUUUCUAUUACAUAGGUCCCUUUUGUAUUUUGAUCUCUGUUUCUGUCUGAUUUUAUACCCAAAAGAAUCUUUCUUUGUUAGUUCUAUAUAUGGAUUAUGUAUAAAACAGAGAGGUAGAGAUGAUCAUGUUGAUGAACCUUUUGAAUUGGCAAAUUCUAAGUUGUUAUUAUAU